AGUAUUCCCCCUAAAACAUGGACUCUCCCGAUCACCCCUAUCCUUUGAACUGAAAUGGACUGUACCAAAGUUUGUGCCGCGGUUUUCAGGUAACGGAGCGGGAAGAAAGUGAACGGUAGUACAGAGUUCAGCUGUGCUCUGUAAAGCUUAGAUAAGAAAUAGGUGGAUCUAAUUUUCAAAGUGUACAUUGUUUGCAUAUGUGUGCGUGCAUCAUAAUAACCACAAACAAGGUUUAUGCAUCAAUGAACAAGAUUCGGAAAUCACUGGAUUGAGACAUUGUUGUCCUUACAAGCAACUUUUAGCCUUCAGCCUACCCGAACUAGCAAUAUAAACGAAGAAAUUCUUCAAGUUUGUUUAAGAAUUUAGGAGGCCUCCUUCCUUCCCUACUUUGAAUGUGGCUACAUUGAAUGCGCCAAAACCCAGGAGAAAGGAGAGACAUGCUGUCUGAGAGCCCUCGCUGUUGAGGUUUAUCACAGUGCUGAUGAGUUCGGGCAGUGGUGCUGGAACGAGAUGAAUCGGCUGGGAUGGAGAGCUUUCCCCCAUGCUCCUGGACCGAGGUGGGAUGGUGGCCGUAGAAGAGGGGCUAUCGUCGUUUUCCCUGUGCCGGAGCCUGCUGCCGUCCUCCAUGAAAAGGGGAGGAGCAGGGAACGGGAAACUCGCAGCCGGCUGCCCUCAGCCAGAAGCCAUCGCCAGGAGGCGGAGGAGGAUAGGGCCGUCCACCAAACAUCCAGCACCACCGCAUAGUACAAAGAGCAAGAGCCUCUCGGCUGGGCUGAGGACCGAGAGUGGUGUGGUCUCCGUUCUCUCGUCUCGUUGGUGCAUACCCCCAGCGGCUGCGGAUGCCGAGACUGGCGUGUCUCGGUGGCAACCCCCGGCCUCUGAGGGGCGAUGGGGGUAUAUAACGCGGAAGGCGAGAUGAGAGCUGUGAGGCGGGGCCUGUGGGGUCAGGUGACAUUCAGAAUGACCAGCACUGUCAUACCUAUGACUUCUUCAACGCUCAUCAUCCAAUUGCAGGCACCAACACAAACAACGCCAGUGACAACGGUGUUAAAUGUUCCUGUGCCUGUCUAUUUACAACAGUCAGCAGGAGUUUCACCUUGUCGUGGACUUCAGGGAUUUCUGACAGGCCAACCAAAGGCCCUUGGGACGGUCCAGAUAAUGAUUGGUGUGCUGACUUUCCUGUUUGGCAUUGUGUCUGUAACAAAUUCAAAUUCCAUCUCUGUCCUAAGUGGUAUCGUUUUCUGGGGAUCUAUUAUCUACAUUACCGCAGGCUCACUCUGCAUUUCUGCAGAAAAUAAGAUACAUUUACCCUCCAGUGUGUGUUUGGUGAAUGCUUCACUUGGAAUGAACAUUUUCAGUGCUAUAACUGCAGGCACAGCACUUAUUUUAUUUUCACUGGAUUUGGCCAUAGGACCAAUGGGCUAUUAUUACUGCGACGGGUAUAAUGACCCUUACUGCAAUUCAUAUAGACAGGAUGAGACUCUCUUCAGGGGAAUCAAUGGUGUAUUGCUGUUAUUCGCCUUCCUUGAGUUUCUCAUCUCUAUCUGUCUGUCUGCAUUUGCCUGUAAAGUCACCUGCUGCUGUUGUCCUCCUCAGGUGCAGUCUGCUCCGCAAGUUUUACCUCCACAGUCCUAUGAUUUCAGGCCCAGUUAUAUCAACUCUGAGAUACCUGUGGACAGCAGAUCUUUCAUCCAUCAGCAUCCUGCAGAACGUCCCCCGCAAUACAGCGAAGGCAAAUAAAUAUCAAUCUUAGAAAGGUGGACAGUUAAGUGAAAAAAAAUGUGUCACUUAUGAAUACAAAAUAUAUGGUAAAAUAUGAUGUCUUUUCUUGAGAAAUGAAAACAUGAAAAGAAAUGAAAAAAUCACUUUAUCAGAUAAUAAUGACAGUUUUUCCACAACCAUAUAUGUGUAAACUCUAUCUGUUUAAGACUUAAAUGUUUUUCAGAUUUUUUGAGUUAAGUGAAGAAUGGUGCAUAAACAUCUGUGAAAGUGGAAAGGCUUGAGCAACUGUAAUUGCUUAAUAUAAUCUGUAGGAAUAGAGUGAAUAAAAAUAAAGAAUGAAUAAAAAAUGUCUGAUAUGUGUCUUAACCAAAACAUGAAAAAAGUUUGUUAAACAAGGGUAAUUGUCACAUGUGCAAGGAAGAGGAGAAGAGAGGAUCAUGUGAUAUGAGAUUUGAUAUACUGCAAUUAUAUAAAAGAUAAAAUGCCACCGCA